GCAAAAACAAUCAUGGAAGCAAUUAGCAUAUCCCUCUCUCUCCUCCUUGCAAUUGCAACCACAAUAAUCCUCAAACAAUUGAUCUCCUCUCUCCUCCAUGCACGCCUACCCCUCCCGCCGGGCACCAUGGGCUGGCCCUACAUCGGCGAAACCCUCCAACUCUACUCCCAAAAUCCCAACAUUUUCUUCUCCUCCAAAGUCAAGAGGUACGGAUCCAUUUUCAAAACGCAGGUGCUGGGCUGCAAGUGCGUCAUGAUGGCCAGCCCAGACGCAGCCAAGGCCGUCCUCCUCACCAACGCCCAUCUCUUCAAGCCCACAUUCCCGUCCAGCAAAGAGAGAAUGAUCGGAAAAGGAGCCAUCUUCUUCCACCAAGGCCACUACCACGCCAACCUCCGGAAGCUCCUGCUUCGCGCCUUCUCGCCCGACUCCAUCAAACAAAUCGUCUCCCACAUCGACUCCAUCGCACUCUCCUCCCUUAAAUCGUGGGAGCCCCGCCCCCUCAUCACCACCUUCCAUGAAAUGAAAACAUAUGCAUUCAAUGUGGCGCUGCUUUCUAUAUUCGGAAAGGAUGAGGUUUCGUACGGCGACGAUUUGAAGAGGUGCUUCUACACGCUGGAGCGCGGCUACAACUCUCUGCCGAUCAACGUGCCGGGGACGCUCUUCCACGCCGCCAUGAGAGCUAGGAAGAAGCUCGCCGCGAUCCUCGCCGAAAUCAUCUCUCUCAGAAGAGACAGAAAGCGCGAAGACUCCAACCUCCUAGCGUCGUUCAUGAGCGACGCCGAGGGCCUCAGCGACGAGCAGAUCGCAGACAAUGUGAUCGGAGUCAUCUUCGCCGCCCGCGACACCACCGCCAGCGUCCUCACUUGGAUCCUCAAGUUCUUAGCCCAGAAUCCCACCGUUCUUCACGCUGUUACCGAAGAGCAAGAGGCGAUAAUGAGGUCGGGAGAAGGCAAGGGAUUGAGUUGGGAAGACACGAGGAAAAUGACGGUGACGACGAGAGUGAUUCAAGAGACCAUGAGAGUUGCUUCCAUCUUAUCUUUCACAUUCAGGGAAGCCAUUCAAGAUGUGGAGUUUCAGGGAUAUAGAAUUCCAAAAGGGUGGAAAGUUUUACCGCUUUUCAGAAACAUUCACCACAGCCCAGAAAAUUUCACCGACCCUGAUAAAUUCGACCCUUCAAGAUUUGAGGUUGCACCGAAGCCAAAUACAUUCUUCCCAUUUGGAAGUGGGGUCCAUUCCUGCCCAGGGAAUGAGUUGGCCAAGCUGGAGAUGUUGGUGCUUGUGCACCACCUCGCUACAAAAUACAGGUGGUGUAUGAUGGGCCCACAAGACGGCAUUCAGUACGGACCAUUUGCACUGCCACAAAAUGGUCUGCCAAUUAAGAUCUUUCUCAAAGAAUAGAAACUGUCUCACAAAAUUUACUAAAGUGUGGGAAUCCCACAUUGCAUUCCAAGAUUGGUUUACCAUAAACUAAUACUAGUAUAUAGUAUAUAUUUAUAUAUAAGAAUGUGGUAAGUAUGUUUAAGAGUACAUAAGGAAUUUCCCAUCUACAUUAACCAGGAUCACAAGAGGACUUAAUUAUGCAUAGGAUAUAAUUUUAUUUUUAUUGUUUCCUACAUGUAAAAAAGUCCGCAAGGCAAAUGAUGAUGAUCCCAUGUUAUAUUUCUAUGGACA